UUGUGCUCAGAGAGUUCGCAAGUGUUUGUUGUGACGCAUUCAUCGAAACGUAACAAAUUGUGGCACUAAGGAUUGUAACUACACAAACACACACACACGCGCGCACUUACACCAACACUCCGACGGACACGCAGCCACACAAAUGCACAGCGGCAGCAGCAGCAGCCAACGAUACAUGUGAACUUAACUCACCCUACAAAUCUUUUCGAAAAAAAAACGAACAACUCGAAGAGAAAAAGUUACAGUAACCAACAUCCAAACAAGGAACAGGGGAAGGAGGAAUAUAACAAGCAGGGGCAGGGGGCGAAGAGCGUAAAGAAAAGUAUCCUUUAAUGGAAAAAUCACAUAAAAUAGACGACAAAAAGCAGACUUCAUAGACUUGAAGACGACAGGCGACGACAUUGACGCCGACAGCGACGCUGACUUUGACUGUGACUAACGAUGUUGAUGACGACGAAAAACGACUAAUGGACGAAAAUAUGCGUUAAGAGCAAAAGUCUUCCGACACCAACACACACACGUCCGCGAACGCCGCACUUCGAACCAGAAUCGCGAGUGAAUCGCACGGAUUCAAAGGAUGUGCAAUUAAACGGCAACCAACUAAGCAACCGACCCGAACCGAACCAAACAAAUCGAGGAAAUCUUCAAAUUAUUCCUCAAGAGCUCUCGAGCCCCCACAAAACAAACUUGCCAAUAAAAAAUUACCAAAGAAUAUCGAAAGUGCAAAAAAUACCCAUGAGAAAAUUUUGAAAUACAAAAAAAUAAAAAAGAAAGAAAGAAAAAUCAAAGUGAAAUGCCAUCCACAAAAAAGUGAAACGAAAAGAAAUGUGAAAAUGUUGUAAUAACCGACGUAGAAGAAGAAGCAGCAGCAGCAACACCAAAGAAAGAAAAAAAUGUGAAAAUUUCCUUGCCAGCCAGAAGAGCAAAGAGCAGCAGCCCAAAGUAAAUGAAAACCAAGUGUCCACAGAAAAAAAAAGAAAGAACGUCAUCGUAACAAACUAACCCAAAUCUGCGAUAGUUAAGCAAAGCAAAGAAAAAAACGAAGAAAAGUUACAAUUUUUUCGUCUGUAUCCACAUUUUCAAAACAAAACAAGAAGAAAAACUCUCAGUCCGCCAGUUAGUCUCGGGAAUUACGUGUGAAAAUCGGUGCCUAGUGUUUGGCGAACGUCAACGACAGACAAGGAUAAAAGAAACGGCAGCUCCACCAACGUCAACUAAUUUCAUUUCCCUUGGAUUUUCCGACAAAAAAAGGAUACAAAAAUGGCUUACAGCAGAAGAACACGAAGAGCUCGCAUGUGGAACAUGGGAAUACUGUUUCUGAUAUACUAUUGUGUCACUGUGUACUCGGCGAAAAAUGGCGAUGAAUCGGCACCUCUGUCCGAACCCGGCAACGCUGAGGAUCAACACGAAGAAGUUCUGGCGAAAUCCGGUGAGGAAAUCGACGAAACGAUAGUUGGUGAUACAACGCAGCUCAUGUUCACAAGCACUGCGGCCACGCAUUUGGAGCCCAAAUCUGCAGUUCCUACAUGGCGUCCAAGACGAGAAAACUGUACCCCUCCAGCAAUUGAACAGUUCCCCCGUCCUCUAAUGGGAAAAUGGCUGCGGCAACAUGGCGGCCUGGUGAUUCAUGUCCUGGUUGCCGUUUUCACCUUCUUUGGCCUGGCCAUUGUUUGUGAUGAGUAUUUCGUGGCCAGUUUGGAUAGGCUAUGUGAAGAAUUGAAGUUAUCACCAGAUGUGGCUGGUGCCACAUUCAUGGCUGCUGGCAGCUCAGCCCCCGAAUUGGCCACAGUGGUUAUUGGUGUGUUCUUUGCCAAGGAUGACAUUGGCAUCAGUGGCGUCAUCGGUUCGGCCGUCUUCAACAUCAUGUUUGUCAUCUCGGUGUGUGCCCUGUGCUCGGGAACGGUGUGCCAAUUGAAUUGGUGGCCUCUGGUGCGGGACUGUUUCUUCUAUUGUGUGUCCAUUCUGGUCAUGUUGAUAAUUAUCUUCAAUGACGUCAUCUCUUGUUUCGAAUCUGUUGUCAUGCUUCUGUUCUAUGUGAUCUACUGUGUGGCCUUGUGUUUCAACACCGAACUGGAACGCUGGGCCAUGUCUCUGAAUCUUCCCUUCAAACUUCCAACGAAAGAGGAACAAUCCUCCCUGGUCACCUACAAGAAUGUACCCGACAGCACGUACACGGAAGGCAGUCAGCAGCAGACUAAUUUGUCACAGGAGCCUAACGCCGCCUCUUCAGGAAACCAGCAGCAACAGUCAUCCACAUCUGACUAUCAAAAUUAUUCCGAUCCAAAUUCUAGCUGGGAUCCAAAUGCCGCCUGGGGCGAGGAAUCGUCGAGCAAUCCUGUGGGAGGCAGUACCAUCGCCAGUCAACCGCCGGUGGAUGACUGGGGCAUGAGUCAAUUCAGCGCCGGACAGGGCCAAGAGAACAUGGCCUACAAUCCCGAUCAACCCGACUCGGUGGUUACCCAAAGUGCUGGCGCCGAUAGCAACAACAAACCCGUGGUGGGCAAACCCCAACCUGCGACCGGCGGUGCUCCCGAAUACUACAAAUCCAGCGACAAAUCAAAAGAGGCCCGACCCAAUCCCCUGGAGCGGCCCACCCAGGGCGGCCUGCCCGCCCUCAUCUCCUGGUAUGUCGUCUACCCCAUUCACUUCUUGUGCCAGAAAACCAUGCCCGACUGUCGGACCGAACAGUAUCGCAAUUGGUAUCCCUUCACAUUUCUCAUAUCCAUGAUUUGGAUCUCAUUCUAUUCAUACUUCAUGGUCUGGAUGAUCACGGUCAUCGGCUCGACCCUGGCCAUUCCGGACACGGUGAUGGGUCUAACGUUCGUUGCUGCUGGUGUUUCUGUGCCCGAUGCCCUAAGCUCAAUAGCGGUAAUCAAAGAAGGUUAUGGCGAUAUGGCCGUUUCAAAUGCAAUCGGCUCGAAUGUCUUUGAUAUCCUAGUGUGCUUAGGUCUUCCGUGGUUCAUACAAACGGCCAUCAUAAAGCCGGGCUCUCACGUCAAUGUCAUAUCGAAAGGUUUGACCUACUCCACCAUUUCGCUGUUCUCCACGGUGAUAUUUCUAAUACUCUCCACACAUUUGAAUGGCUGGAAAUUGGAUAAACGCCUCGGCAUCAUACUGAUGGUGUGGUAUCUGCUAUUCAUAACGCUGGCAUCGCUGUACGAACUGAAUGUGUUCGGCUACAUGAAUCCACCUGAAUGUGCAAGUGAUUAUUAAGUAACUCAUUUAUUUAUGGCCUGUAAACGCAAUAACAUGGAAAUGUCAAUAACCCGAGAGCAUCCCGCACAUAAAUACAUGCAUACACAUUAAAGCGUUUUACAUUGUUGUUGAGUUUCGUUAAGUUUCGUUCGGGCAAAUCGAAAACGGGAACGGCAUAAAGUAAUUCAAAAUUAAUAAACAACUACAACAUAGCCAUUAACAGAACUAUAAAAAAUAGCCACCACGGAAUAAAGUAUUAAAUAAUGGAUUAGAGGAUAUAUAUGAAAACGCAGCACUUCCACAUCCCCCCACCCCCCGUGACGCCACCACCACCACCCUUGGUAGAGUUUGGAAAUGGACCGAAACGAAAAAAAAAAUUCAAAAAAUGGAAAACUGUUAUACUCAUCCCACAGCAGCAUUUAUCGAAUGAAAUUCUACAGAGUCAAUAAAAUUAGUAUCGACAACCACAAUAACAACAGCAACAACAACAACAACAAAAAUAUUAGCAUAUUUUACAUUUUUACAACGCACCAUAAAACAAUAAAAAGAUGAAGAAGAAGAAACAAUUAAAAUAAAUUAGCAAAAAGUGAAACAUAAUAACAAUAACAACAAUGAUAAUAAUAACAACAAAGGUAAUGAUAAUAAUACAAUAAUAACAACAACAAAUAAACAACAUUUGUAGUUAGGAUAUAAUUUUUAACAUUCUAAACCAAAAACAAAAACGUAACCACAUAUAAACAUUUAUUUUUCCAAAUUAAAAUGUUUGA